ACCUCUCGAGCGAAAAAAGAUGGCGUUUUGGAAACCAGGGACCGAGAAACCUAGUUUCGAAGAGGAUGGAGAAGGAGGUAUAGUGUUCAUGUCCAACAAUCUCGCUUCCUCUUCUUCUUCUAGUUAUGGGUAUGCGAAUAUAGAGAAGCAGAGACAGAGAUUGCCAGUGUACAAGUACAGAACUGAGAUUUUGUAUUUGGUGGAGAAUCACGCUACCACCAUUAUCGUUGGCGAGACGGGUAGUGGAAAAACUACUCAGAUUCCUCAGUACCUGAAAGAAGCUGGAUGGGCGGAAGGAGGCCGAGUUAUUGCUUGCACACAGCCAAGACGUUUAGCUGUCCAGGCGGUUUCUGCGAGAGUGGCCGAGGAAAUGGGAGUGAAUCUUGGGGAUGAUGUUGGCUACACAAUUCGAUUUGAAGAUCAGACAACUUCCGGUGUGACUAAGGUGAAAUUUCUCACAGAUGGGGUACUAAUUCGAGAGAUGAUGGAGGAUCCUCUCUUGACAAAGUAUAGUGUUAUUAUGAUAGAUGAAGCUCAUGAGAGAUCUAUCUCAACUGACAUUUUACUUGGUCUCUUAAAAAAGAUACAACGUCGUCGUCCUGAGCUACGCCUUAUUAUAUCGUCAGCCACAAUCGAAGCAAAAACAAUGUUCAAUUUCUUUAAUCCCAGCAAAAAACGCCAUGCGCCAGAAGGUAGUGCCCCUGGACCAAAGUUAGAACCUGCAAUCUUAUCUGUUGAGGGCAGAGGCUUCAGUGUGAAAAUUCACUAUGUUGAGGAGCCUGUAUCAGAUUAUAUCCGAUCAGUUGUUUCAACGAUACUGUUGAUUAAUGAGCGGGAGCCACCUGGGGAUGUUCUUGUAUUUCUUACUGGUCAAGAGGAUAUCGAAACUGCUAUUAAACUUCUUGAAGAAGAAGCUCAUAGCAAUCAAAAGAAUUCUUCAGGACUGCUACCUCUGCCAUUAUAUUCAGGACUUUCUCGAUCAGAACAGGAAUUGAUCUUUACUCCAACUCCCAGAGGAAAGAGAAAAGUUAUCCUAUCAACAAAUAUUGCUGAAACUUCAUUGACUCUGGAGGGUGUUGUCUAUGUGAUUGAUAGUGGUUUCUCGAAGCAGAAGUUCUAUAACCCAAUUUCAGAUAUCGAAAGUCUUGUGGUGGCACCUAUAUCCAAAGCAUCUGCAAGGCAAAGGUCUGGUAGGGCUGGGCGAGUUCGGCCUGGGAAGUGUUACAGGCUUUACACCGAAGAUUAUUUUCUCAACCAAAUGCCUGGAGAAGGCAUUCCGGAGAUGCAGAGGUCGAAUCUUGUUUCUACUGUAAUACAGCUAAAAGCUCUGGGCAUAGAUAAUAUCUUGGGUUUCGAUUGGCCUGCACCUCCAUCCCCUCAAGCAAUGAUCCGAGCACUCGAAGUACUUUAUUCACUUCAGAUCCUCGAUGAUGAUGCUAAACUCACUUCGCCAACAGGAUUCCAAGUUGCAGAGCUUCCACUGGACCCAAUGAUAUCAAAAAUGAUUUUGGCUUCAAGUGAGCUUGGUUGUUCAGAUGAGAUCAUUACAAUCGCUGCAGUUCUCUCUAUCCAAUCUGUUUGGAUCAUUGCCAGGGGAGUACAGAAAGAACAAGAUGAAGCAAAACUGAGAUUUGCAGCCGCAGAGGGUGACCAUGUAACAUUCCUGAAUGUAUACAAAGGGUUUCUUGAGUCGAAAAAGCCUUCACAGUGGUGUUACAAGAAUUUCCUCAACUACCAAUCCAUGAAAAAAGUAGUUGAAAUCAGGGAUCAACUCAAACGGAUUGCUCGGAGAUUAGGCAUCACCUUGAAAUCAUGUGACGGAGACAUGGAGGCUGUGAGAAAAGCCGUGACUGCAGGAUUUUUUGCCAAUGCAUGCCGCUUAGAACCACACAGCAAUGGUGUAUACAAGACCAUUAGAGGCUCUGAAGAAGUUUAUAUCCACCCGUCAUCCGUAUUAUUCAGGGUGAAUCCAAAAUGGGUGGUUUACCAAUCCAUUGUCUCAACAGAGCGUCAAUACAUGCGAAAUGUCGUCACCAUCAAUCCUUCUUGGCUGACAGAAGUUGCUCCACACUUUUACCAGAACCGGCAAAACGCUAUGUCCUUCUAAUCAAUAAGCUAUCACCAGCGUUUCAAGACAUAGUAACAGUUAAUCCUGACAACGUUUUCUGAUAGCUUUAUAGCCAUAAUCAAUGCAGGAAUGUUUGUAGUUGCAAAAAUAUAAACAGAGUUUUAUUGA